UGCGAAUCAGUUCGUUUCGAAUCAGGACGGCGACGGACGCUUCUUUUGUUUAAACAUUUAGCGAUCGCGAAUUUCAGUGUCGAGGGCACGCCGCACUCAGUGUAUUUGGAUAUGAUUUCGUGAGGAUUUUAUGUUUUUUUUUAUAAGUUCAAUCAUUUUUCUGUUGUUUCCUUUGCAUCGAUCUCUGCCAAAUGAUAUUCAAGUUUGUUGUGGUGCAAAUUUCUAGUUAAAUCUUAGUGCACUCUUGUGGGUAAAAUUAUUAUUCCUGGAUAAGAUGGAUUGUUGGAUGAGAGAUAUGGUAUCCAUCAUGACGGACCCCGGCUUGUCGCCCUCCAACGUACCUAUAAUCAAAAAGGAACUGGACGCAUUUUCGGAAUGUUCUCCAUCAAAUAGCGAUUUAUACUCACCAUCUACCACGACAGUCAUUUCGGAAAAUGGUACUAUACAUUCUUCGGAUAUCAAGGGCAUGGAAUUCAAUGGCAGCUAUGAGAGUAAAGCGAUACCGUCACCUGGCAGUCCAGAGCAUCAGUAUUGUUCUUCCACGACCCAGCCUCACACAGAAUCUGGAAUGGGAAACAGCGAGGGUGAAAAUAAAAAUGACGAUGACUCACCUAGAAGGUUAUGCCUAGUCUGUGGAGAUUUCGCUUCAGGAUUUCACUAUGGCGUAGCUUCCUGUGAAGCAUGUAAAGCUUUCUUCAAACGAACGAUACAAGGAAAUAUCGAGUACACUUGCCCAGCAGCUGGAGAUUGUGAAAUCAACAAAAGAAGACGAAAAGCAUGUCAAGCAUGUCGGUUUCGCAAGUGUCUUCGAUCGGGAAUGCUUAAAGAAGGCGUGCGACUCGAUAGGGUUCGUGGUGGUAGACAAAAAUACCGGAGAAAUCCAGAAAGUCCGUACCAAGUGCAGGUGGUAUCUGCACAGAAGCCUCACGUUCUUCUAGAAGAUAUAAAAAUGCUGGAAGCUUUGAUCUCGUGUGAACCAGACUGUUUGGAAAUAAACGCGACAUCAGAAAAUUCCAAACAUCGAACGUUAUCCAUUCUAAGCGACUUGUAUGAUAGAGAACUAGUCAGUAUCAUUGGUUGGGCUAAACAAAUCCCAGGAUUUACCGAUUUGUCGUUAAACGAUCAAAUGCGAUUGUUGCAAAGCACAUGGGCAGAAAUUCUCACGCUAACGCUGGCUUUCAGAUCUUUACCAAUGGUAAGCCUUAGGAGGUUGAAGUUUGCAGUGGAUUUUACUCUAGACGAGAAACAGUCAAAGGAUUGUGGCGCCGUUGAGCUAUAUCAAACCUGUACUCACGUCGUCGAAAGAUUAGAAAAUCUGUCGAUACUUAAAGAAGAAUAUUAUUUAUUGAAAGCUUUGGUAUUGACGAAUUCUGAUGUAAAGCUAGACCAGUAUCAAGCUUUGAAAAAGUUCAGGGAUUCAAUAUUAGCCGCCUUGUCUGAUGCCAUGAGAGUUUUAAGGCCCAGUAACGUUCUGAAUCAAAUCCAACAACUACUCCUGUGUCUGCCUGUUUUGAGGCAAUCAGACCACGUGGUAAGAAGAUUCUGGUCAGAUAUCCACAACCAGGACUUGGUACCCAUGAACAAACUGUUUCUUGAAAUGCUGGAGGCCUACAGCCGGUAGCCACGCUGAGCGAUGUCCAACUAGCGAGAAAUUUCCCUAACUUAAAACAAAAACGAUACGAAAACGGGUCAUCUUGGUUGUGAACUGAGGAGUAUUAAGGCCAAAAACCUACUUAAGCAAUAAGCAGUGAUUUUUUCUUAUUAAAAAUAAUUAUUAUUAGGGACUGAUAAAUCUUGGAUGAACUGAUAAGCGUUCAGUGACUGAUUAUUACGGAAUUAUGAACAUCUUUGACGAACCGAUAAGUCCCUAUGAAAUAAUAAACGUUUCGGGACAGAUAAGCUUUUGUGAACUGAUAAGUCUUUGGGAACUGAGAGGUUUCUUGCAAAGAAUGGAUGUCGGCAAGUUUGGUUUGGGUGUCAAUUGGGAAGCUUUGUAGAGUUAUAAGAGAUAAAUCAUGAAAAAAGUGGUGUUAGCGCGCGAGGUUGAGUGUGCGUUUGGCAACAACACAAUAUAUGUUCGACUUUCGACGUUGCCGGACGGUAUAGAAAGAGAGGAAUCCGAAGAUAAGAACACGAUAUUAUUACUGUUUUUAUACAGGGUGAUUCACUGUCAUGGUAGGUUCGACUUUUAUGGAGACCUGAUGAUGGGUUAUUUUUGAAAAUUUUGAUUUAUGCAUAAAGGCGCCUGCUUUAUCUGUCUAAACUAUUUUCAGCGUUCCAGUGUUGCCAUUUCAUACUAAAAGUCAACUUUUUUCGAAACUACUUUUAUUUCUCAGCUUUUCUAUUAUGCUAUCCUAUAUCUAUCUCUAAUAGUUUGUUGUCUCAGAAAAAUUGACAAAAACAGGAUCUCGAAUAAGCACUGGUUAAAUUAUAUAUUGGAAUAUUGAAAGAUGAAAUAUGGUUAUGUCAGGGAAAGUCGACAUAUUCAAUUUGUUAAAUCAACCGAUUGGAUGUCAAACAAAUGAAAUUACUUUCAUUAACUUAUACCCCAAAAUUCGACCUUAAAAAUGUUCAAUUUAUUAUUUUACUAAUGCUUAUUCUCAAAAUCAUGUUUUCGUCAAUUUUACACGUAUUUUAUUUUUUAUCUUGAAAUCUAUUAGAGAUAUAGAUUACUAUAACAGAAAUAGACGGUAAUCGCAAAACAUUUUCCGAUGCAUAUCAUCAGUCAAAUCAAAAUUGACACUAAAGCCUAUAAACCAGAUUAAAUAAAAUUUUGGCUAAAAAUCUUUAAAUUUGUUGUAUAAUUUAUGAUACCGAUACCGAGCAGCUCUUCAUUUUACUUCAUAGAGCAAAUGAUUGUAACAGAUAUUUUAUUUAGGUUAAAGCUGCAAAAAUUAGUUUAAAGCGAUUUUUGCUACCGCCAUUUCACAAUUAUCAUAAUGUCAGUCAUUAUUUUGUAUAAUAUUGUCUUGUUGUUGAAUCUUUGGGAGUAAUUCUCGUUUUUUACCGAUUUCCAUAGUCUUUUAUUAACUGUACUUUUAAGCACAAACAGUUCUUCUAAGAACUAAAUAAUCGUUUUUUUUUAUUGCGAUUUCUUAAAAUUGUGUGUCGAAAAUAUGCCGAAACAUUUAAACAGUUGAAGCGAAAAGCUUAUAGCUUUCCUGAUAAACUAUUUUGAACGAGAACGUGACAAUAAAGAUCCGUUAUUACCCUUGACUUCCUUACUCUUACAAUCAGAGAAGUAGGUUUGAUUGAUAGGCACCAUUAUACCACUUUCAAAAUUAUUUCUACUUAUUUCGAUUUGUAGCGAGUAGCUGCUGCCUUAAAUUUAAAUAUUGCUACUGUUAAUAAAUAAAUUAAUUACUAAAAUAUUAAUUAUUAAAUUAAUUAUAAAAGGUAAAAAUCUUUAAAAAAUGAUAUAAUAAAUAGUAUAUUGGUUUCUCAAUUUUACAUUAAGAUUCAUCUCAUAAAUCCAUCACAAUCUGACAGCGCUGCCGCUGUCGCCAUCGCUUGUCACUCAAAGUUGAUCACGUGCAUCGGAAAUUGUUUUGCGAUUACUUUAUAUAUUAGGUUACUAUCUUGUUACUAUAACAGAAAAAAUAUGAGAAAUGAAAGAAGUUUCCAAAAACGUAAUAAUAUUCCGGGUGUUUUCUAUUUAAAAUAACACAGAUGCUACCACUUUUCAAAUGAUGCGGCAACAUUGUAACGCUGAAAAUAUUUUAGAUAGAUGGGAUCAUGUAAAAAUCCAAAUUUUCAAAAAAAUUUAUCACUGGUUGUCCAUAAACAUCUAACCUAUCAUCGCCGUGAUUGACCCUAUGUUACAAAGUUGUUCAACACAGUUUAAUGAGUUGAUCCCGGUAUCGCUAUUGAUAAACGUUUAAACUACAAUAAACAAAAUAUAAGUAGUUUUUAAAGAAAAUACAGGUAUUUUAGUAACUAUUUUACAAUUAGAUUGCCUUGAACAACGACAAAAUGAUAUUAUGAAACAAAAACACCAUAUAGCCCAGUGUAUUUUUUAUAAACCUUAACUUGAGACACUAAAUUUUAUUUUCUUUACCUACUAUAUUUUUUUCAGGCGUCUUCGUCUGGAAAUUUUUUAUAUACCAGACUAGUAAUAUAUUUUCAUAUACGAAUGAUAUGAAGUGUUUAGAUUUCAGAACGAAAAGCAAAGUAUAACAUAUUGUAUAUAGGUAUAUAUUUUUAAAAAAUAUAUAUUUUAGUAGCUUAUGGAAAUAAUGUAAAUUACAAAUAUUUUUUUCUCUGUGAAAUCGUAUAUAUUAACUCAUAAUACUUCUUAUAACUACUUUCCGUUUAACUCAUAUCCCGUUCAAAAAUGAGGUAGGUAAGUUAAAUGGAAAGCAGACAUAAGAUUAAAUAUUUUUUCGGCCGAUUGACAAGUUUUGCAAAAAAUAAAUUUUCACUUGUUAAUUAA